AUCAGGACACUAUAAAGGGAACAUGAGAGGCUGUGAGGAUGACAGAGCAAGAGCUGGAAACAAACAUCAGUGAAGAAUGAAGGCUUUAGUAUGUAUACUGCUGCUGUUGGAAACCUUUGUGUUUGUCGUCCAGCAGCAGGUAGAUGGAGGACUCAAUGAGAAUGAGAUCAGUCAACAGAUCAGCUCUGAGGAUGGAAGACAGAAUCCACCUCAAACAGACACUUUGAGAGUUGAAGCUUCAACUGACAGCCAACAAUACUGCCUUUUGGGCUUCCCUGACAUCUAUGCAUCAUUGAGAGAACUGACCGCCACCGUUACAGAGCAGAAAGAAAAGAACAGAGAACUGACCGCCACCGUUACAGAGCUGAAAGAAAACAACAGAGAACUGACCGCCACCGUUACAGAGCAGAAAGAAAACAUCAGAGCUUUAGAGACGCAACUGAGGGAUGAGAUGAGCAAGAAAAAUGAAGAAAUUUUAAGUCUUACUCUGGGUCAAGAGGAGUUGAGAAAGGAAAAUAGAGACAGAGAAAUAGCUUUUUCAGCUUCACUGGUGGAAUCUGGAAGUGAAUAUAUUGGUCCUUUUACCACUCACAUCACACUAACCUACAAGAACGUCCUCACAAACACAGGGAAUGCCUACAACCCAAUUACAGGUAUUUUCACAGCCCCACUGAAAGGAGCGUACAUGUUCACAAUCAAAGUCUUUGGUCGUCUUGGAACUGCAGCAGGUGCAGCCAUUUAUAAGAAUGGAAAGCUUGUGGUUGUAGCAUAUGAUGAUCACGCUCAGAAUGAGUUAAACUCCUCAAAUGGAGCUGUGUUGAUUCUGGAGGUUGGAGAUGUUGUCUAUGUUAAACUUUGGCAUAACACUAAGAUAUUUGAUGACCAGUAUAACCACAACACUUUCAGUGGUUUCCUGCUGUUUCCCUUACAAUAACAGGAGCUUUGAAGAAUGUAAUUCCAAUAAUUCUGAACCUUCAGCGCAUGAUUUAAGAUGAAGAAUCAUUAACAUAUGAAUCUGUAUUAAUGAGGACUAAUGUGUGUUUGAAAUUUGAAAUAGAUAACUGUAUAAAAACCUGAGCUGUCUAUACAUGCAACAUUGUAUAAAGAGUUUCAGCACUGAGACAGACAAGAUCAGAAUAUCACAUGUGACUCAAAAGUAGGGCUGUCGCGAUUCCUCGAUUAAAUACGAGUACUCUAUUUAUUUAUUUAUUUUUAAAUCUUUGAUUGCAAUUUAAUAUCGAGUAAUGCAAUAUUUACACUAUGUGAUAUUCAGUUCAUAAUUCAUCACUGUUCUUUUCACACUGCACCACUAUCUGUGCUGUGUGCUCAUUGCUCGAUGGAUCGGUGACAGAGGGUUUCACAUUGCUAACUUUACAAUUGGAAGAAUCGCCAACAACUCUGCUUCACAACUAAACCUGUAAAUCUGUCAAAGAUUUGUCUGCGCAGUGUGAACUCGGCAUAACUGGCAAAAUACCAGAAGUGGCGCAUUCCACGGAUGAGAAUCCAUGAAACGCAUUAUUAGACUGUUAUAUAAGACUGUUAUCUCAGAUCUCUACAAAUUAUUCGAUCAUAAUGUACACUUGUUUAUUGUGAUUUUAACUGUGUAAGAGAGACAAGGCUGCAUGCUUUGCCGUUUUUUUUUUUUUUUUUUUGAUAUACGGUUUUAUGAGCACACAUACCAUGCACAGAAAAGCAGCUGUCACAGUGCAUGUACUAAACUGAAUUAUCUGUACCAUCUUAUUGCUUUUAAAGUGUCAAAACACUCCAGGUUCACAUAAAUAGACUUUGUCUUAAGUAAAUGUAUCUGGGAAAGAAAUGGUAUGUUUAUCAUAUGUUUACCGUAUAUUGUAUCAGUGCAUUACUGUAGUUCUUAAAGUGACAACCUAAUAAACAAUCAGUAGAAUCAGUAUGUUUUAUUCAUACAGUGAAGAAUUUGCAGUUUAUUUUUUCAUUUGAAUAUUCACUUUUCUCACUUGAAUGCUGCUUUUAGGUAUACCUGCUUUACAUGUUCUUUUAUUGUAUUUGUCCUUUAUUUUUUCUAUGCUGAUGUUAUCAUACCUUCUGUAAUAA